UUCAUAUUAGAUUUCUUAAAAUCGGGAAAAUGUUGGCGAUUGUCAGUACAAGUGUUUUGUAUGCAAUAAUUAAAUGUAUUAUUGUAUUAGCUUUAUUAGCAUAUAUAUUCUACGCAACUUUAUACCUUCCCAGGAAACUUGUAAAUGGUAUUAACAAACUUCCAAGUCUAGGUCUUGGCCUUUUUUAUCCUGCUGGUCAUGCAAUACUUAUAAAGCCACAAAGGUUUCAAAAAUUAAUUGCUCCAGUUCAUGUUUAUGAUUUUGCGUCCAUUCUAGGAUAUAAUGUUUUAUUCUCUAAGCAUGGAAUAAGUAAUUUUUGGCAGUUUUUAAUACCUUUUGUGAGCGUUUUUCGGGCUGAUACUGUUGAGGCAGUUUUGAAUCAUAACAACGAAAUUAAAAAAAGCUGGGUUUACAACUUCCUUCAUCCUUGGUUAGGAUUAGGUUUAUUAACAAGUUAUGACGAAAAAUGGAGGCAUAGGAGGAAGCUACUCACACCAGCAUUUCAUUUCAAUAUUUUGAAAGAUUUCCAAUAUGUUUUUAACAAGCAGUCAAAGAUAUUAGUCAACAUUUUAGACAAACAUUCGAAAGAAAAGUAUGUUGACAUACUUCCUAUUGUUACACGAUGUGGUUUGGAUAUUAUAUGCGAAUCAGUAUUGGGAGCAGAAAUGCAUACUCAAACGAAAUCAACGAGUCCUUAUGUGAAAGGUGUAAUAGAAUUAGGUAAUUUAUUUUUUCAAAGAGCUUUAAGACCUUGGUUGUGGAUAGAAGCCAUUUAUCCAUAUUUUCCUUCUGGAAGACAGUUUCUGAAAACGAGUGCUAUUGUUCAUGAAUUUACUGAUAAAUUGAUUUCUGAAAGGAAGCAGGCAAAACUGGAAAGGAGAAUGUCUUCUGAGGAUUCACAAGGUAGCAAUGAGAGUAGUUACAAGAGGAAGAAAAGAGCUUUGUUGGAUCUCCUGCUGGAUGAGCACAUUGAAAACAAUUCCAUUUCAGAAACAGAAAUAAGAGAGGAAGUGGACACUUUCACAUUUGAGGGUCAUGAUACAACUUCUAUUGCUAUGAGUUGGACACUUUAUUUAAUUGGGUUACAUCCAUGGGUUCAGGAUAAAGUUCACGAGGAAUUGGAUUCUAUAUUUGGUGAGAGUGAUCGUGAAGUAGAUGUUGAUGAUAUUAAAGAUAUGAAAUAUUUAGAAUGUGUGGUAAAGGAAUCAAUGAGACUGUAUCCUUCAGUGUCUAUUUUUGGAAGAGAAAUAAGAGAUGAUCUUCAAUGUAAUGAGUACGUGAUUCCUCAAGGAAGUAUGUGUUACGUAAAUGUAUAUCUCCUUCACAGAGACUCAAAAGUCUUUCCUAAUCCUGAAAAAUUCGACCCUGAUCGAUUUUCUCCUGAAAAUAGCGCUGGAAGACAUCCUUUUGCAUAUGUACCUUUCUCAGCUGGUCCUCGAAAUUGUAUAGGACAAAGAUUUGCUUUCAUGGAGAUUAAAACUGUGGUUUCGUCCGUCCUUAGAAAGUUCAAAGUAAAGUCACUGGAUCCGAGAGACAGAGUGAAUGUAAUGGACGAAAUCAUUUUGAGACCGGAAGGAGAAUUACGAUUGCAAAUACGAAAAAGAAGUGAUGAUUUUGAUUUCAAGACAGUUUAUUAUUACCCAUGAAAAUUGACAUUAUUAUUUAUUAUUUUCAUCCAUACAUUUUUAAAGUUCUUUUGUCAUAAUGUUCAUGUUGUUUCAUUCCAUGGUCUAUUCUAUAAAUUAUGAACGCAAAUUUGAAGACAGAAUUAUGAUUAUCAGAUAGUUAACAGUAUGUUAUGUCGUAUGUACCCAUGAAAUUUAUAAUAUUAUUCCAAUAUAUUUCCAUACAUUCAGCGUUUUAAAUAAUUCUAAAUUAUUUAAAUGGUGGUAGGUAUAUAGGUACUUUAUUGGUAUAUGUGUACUUGUUAUUACCAAUGAAAAUUUAUGUUAAUAUUUAGUUUUAUCCAUGUUCUUUUGUCAUAAUGUUCACGUUGUUUCAUUCCAUGGUCUAUUCAAUAAAUUAUGAAUGCAAAUUCGAAGAAAGAAUUAUGAUUUUGUUUAUCAGAUUGUAAAUAGCAUGUUAUGUCUUAUGUAGCCAUAAAAUUUAUUAUAUUAUUCCUAAAUAUUUCCAUACUUUCAGUGCUUUAAAUUAUUUAAAUUAAAUAAUGGUAGGUAUAUGGGUACUUUAUUAAAGACGCACUAGAGCUGCAUAAUGUACUAUUGGCGACGAUCUGGGAAAUAUCCCUGAAGAUGAUCCGAAGACAGGCCAUCACAAUUUGUGACGCCAUUUCCUCAAUUUAGACACAGAUCUGAAAGGGAAAUGAAUUUUAUACAGAUACAGACCCAUAAUGUUGUACAGACCCUGUACCCAUAAUACUGCUCUGCGACCGACCAUAGAACUUCGAUUCUGCAGAUUUUACGAGCAAUAUCGCAUGUACUAGUUGGGUCUUAGUGGAGUCUAAGAUCAAACCCCUGACCCUCCGGAUUGGAGCCCGAUUCUUUAAUCACUAGGCUACCACAGUCCUAAUAAUUAAUUGGAGUGGGUGUUUUUGGUUGAAUACAAAUGAUUGAUUAUAUUUUCUUUUGUUUUUUUAAUAAUCUUAUGAUAGGGGCCUCCCUGGCAGAGCGGUAUCGCCCGAAAAUCGCUCUGCUAAGCGUGGAGGUGGCGGGUUCGAAUCCCACCGUAACCCUGGAUAUAUUCUUUGUGAUGUCAUUCCCUGUAUUGUGCUGUCCCGCAGUGGACUUAUCGUUUAGACACGGUUCCCAGCAGAUCACCGAAGUCAAGCAUCACUGACUGCGGUCAGUGUGCGGGUGGGUGGCCACUUGGACCAGUCUGCCUAGGGACCGAGGGUGUGCGGUAUUGGGCCUCGUUAAACUGUUCUACCGCAAUGUGCUCGAUUUCGCGAGCAGGUCGUCGAGCUACCGAAGCGGGGGUGCCAUCCCCUCUGCGGAGGAUCAAAAUUGU